AUGGAUGGCACCACCACCCACAUCUUCGGCCUCUCUCCGCUCCCUGUGGCGGUCAUCGGCAUCGUUCUAGCCAUCGCCGUGCUAUUAACGUACCACUGUAUUGUGGCACAUUGGUGCAGCCCAAGGGAGAGUAGCAGUAGUACAAGUCAGAGAUGGAUGGUGAGUCCCGGGAGUGUCAACAGCUCAGAUGAUUCAAUCACAAACCUCAUUCCUUCUUUCCACUACACCAAAGAUAUUGGCUUGGUAAAUGCUACUUGUGUUGUAUGCUUGUGUGAGUUCAAGGAUGGUGAGGCGAUUCGGAUCUUACCCAAGUGUUUGCACUCAUUUCAUGUGCCUUGUAUCGAUAUGUGGCUCUGUUCCCACUCCAAUUGCCCGCUUUGUCGGACCACCGUGAUAUCAUCUGGACAUGUAUUGGGUCACCGGCCGGAGUAUCAUACAGUGAGGCUGCCGGAUUCCAGUCGAGCAUGA